AUGCAUGAUGCUCCGAUACUAGAAGCUCCACUGCUACGUUCAUUCCUUACUGGUAGAUUUUUUAUCGUAUUUAAGUUCGGAUCACCAGCAUCCACAGUUGCGGAUGUCAAAGUUGUUACCACACUGGUUGGCUUAGGUGAACUGCCAAGCUUUAAACUUGUCCCAGAAUCAGAUUUCGUGGUUGUCACGAAGUUUAUUGGCGUCCCAGAAUCAGGUUUCGGAGUUAUCUCGAUAUUUCCACCCAUUCCAGAGUUAGGUGUCGAAACUGUUACCAAUUUUCCGGGCGUUCCAGAAUCAAAUUUCAAAGUUGUCGCGAUGUUUUCGGGUGUCCCAGUAUCAGGUUCCAAAGUUGUCACGAAUUCCCCGGGAGUUCCAGAAUCAGGUGUUAAAGUUAUCUUAGAAUUUCCAGGUGUCCCAGCGGCUGACUGCAAAGUUGUUGGGAAGUUUGGUGGCUCCAAGGUCGUCGUAAACCUGCCAGAGUCUCCGGAAUUGGGUUCCAAAGUAGUGGGCAAGUCGCCAGGCACCAAGUUUGUCACCAAACUAUCAGGCUUUGUAGAACCAACCUCUAAACUUGUCACUAAACCGCUAGUUCCUCCGGAAAUGGGCUCUGGAGUUGUUACAAAAGUUCCAGGUGACGAAGAACCAGGCUUCGCAGUUACCGUCAAAUCAUCAGGUUUCUUAGAUCCAGGCUGUGAAGUUGUGAUCGUGCGACCGAUCUCUCCGGAAACAGGCGGAACGGUAAUUGUUGGACUUGAGGGUUCGCCGGAAUUGAGAUUAUUGGAAUUUUUCUUCUUGGUGUCAGUAUCUUUAAGUCCUGUGUCAUUGGCAGGUGUAGAUUCCGCGGUGGUAUUGAGGGAGAUGACAUUCUCAGGAGGAACAAUUGGUUUCGCAGGUGCUGAAUCUGGUUCAAAAAUAAUUCUGCGUUAACCCAUGAAUUGGGAAUUUAGGAAGAAAAUAAA